AUGAGUAUGUCUAGAGAUCAAUCUGGAUCUUCACAGCGAAAGCUCGGCCGUCGCAGUAUCCCAAUAGAAAAAAUAGAAAAGAAGAGCAACCUUCAAGUGACUUUCUCUAAGCGUCGAGCAGGGCUGUUCAACAAAGCAAGCGAGCUUUGCACCUUGACAGGUGCAGAGGCCGGUGUUAUAUUGUAUUCGCCUGCUGACAAUGCUCAUUCGUUUGGACAUCCCAAUAUCAACUCAAUUGCUGAUAAGUUCCUCUCCCCAGAGAACAUGAACAUAGGUGAUCAAUGGAAGGAGGGUCGUGAUUUGGCCGAGAUACGACAAAGUGAGCUAGAUGCUCUGGCCCGAGUCGAGGCAAGGCUAGCUGCUGAGAAAGUACGGGGAGAAGAGCUGGAGAAGUUUAGGAGGGAGAGUAUGAUACCCCUUGGAGGCUCGGGUCUGGAGGGACUCGGAUAUGAGCAACUACAAUUGUUGAAAGAAAAUAUAACAAAGUUUAGAAAUGAUGUGAACAAUAUUUCUGGGGAAAUGCAUGUUGCACCACCAGCGCCAUUAGGAGUGGGGCCAAGGACCAGGGUGCCUAUUAAUCUAUUAUCCGGACAAAGUGGUAGUGGCAACGGCAGCGGCAGCAGCAGUGGCAACCAAAAUAACAAAGGCAAAGGCAAGGUGUACAACCAAGACUAUCAUAAUGGUUGGUAA